AUGUCGACGUCGUAUUUAACGGGUGAAAUGGACCUUAUGGAUGUUACCGCCGAGGCUAUUCCAUCGUUCUCUCUGCCUCAGCAAGGCUUGUCAAGUGGCACAUUUACCCCGUUUUCUGAAGUUAUGAGUGUGUGGAGAGAAGAACUUUGUGAACUACAACGGUCCGCAAGAAUAGGGAACUCACAGUCACUCAUGGACCAGACCGCUCAGACACCUGCCCGUUGUUCGCAUGUUGAUGCUCAUCAGAGUGGAAGCAGGACGGGACAUAUUUUUGCAACAAGCAACGAAGAAACGCAUGGUGCUCAUUGGGAAUUUGAUAGCUGUUGCUCAGCUGACCAGGUUCUCGAGCAGGUAUCCGCACUAGAAUAUUUUGCUUUGUGCACAAAGAAUUAA